AUGGAUUUGCUCACAGAGGAUCAAUGGGCGAUUAUGUUAUCGAGAUUACCACUAAUCCCUAUCCUAUUGACAAAGAGACCAAAGAAUAAUACAGGAACGGAAUCGCUUCUAGAGGAUCUGUAUGCGAUUAUACUAGCCAGGUUACCACUAAAAAGCAUAAUCACUUUCAAACUGGUUUGUAAGCAAUGGAAAUCACUCGUUGAGUCUCCUUUUUGCCGCGAUCUUUUUAUAUCUCUCCACCAAAACUCAUUUCCGUCUUCAUGGUCGUUCAUGUGUAGAGGUUGCGAGACAGAAACCAUGGCUCACUACGGAUCCGACAACUGGUGUCUUACACGUUCUCUCGGUUCUUACAUCUCGUCUUUUCUAGCAGACAAGUUCGAGGACCGACAAGGUAGAGUCGUGGCUUACACCGAUGUUGGUUUGAUAUUGAUUUACGCAGUGACGAAAUUUUACGUGGCUAAUCCUGUCUCAAGGCAAUGCGUACAGAUCCUUCCUAAUGUUAAUGUAGAGAAACGUUUUUGGAUAUUGGGGAUUGCGACACGUACCGAGAACGACGUCGUUUUGGGUUACAAAGUUGUUUUGUUAAAAACAAACUUUACUAGUUUCUUGAUAUAUUCAUCUGAGACCAGGUCAUGGAGUCAUGAAACUGUUUGUUUUCCUUUCACUUUCAUCUCUCAGGAGCUUAAUAAUCCCAUAAGCUUGGAUGGGAAGCUUCACUGGCUCGCUCAUAAUCCCGAGUAUAAAGAUUUUGUUGUAUCCUUCGAUUUCUAUGCUACUGGCGACAAGGGUUCUGAUAGAUGUCGUGUUACACUUUUCCCUGACUUGGACAAAACUACUAAAUUCAAAAGAGCUUGCACAACUUGUCAAGGGUUUCUCAUGUAUAUUAACAUAGUCUCCGUAGCAAAAGUUGAGAAGCUCUGUGUAUGGAGGCUAAAGAGUGAAGGGUGGCAACUAGUAUCUGAAAUCUCCACUAGUUUCAUAACGGCUGGUUUUGAUUAUAUUCCAUUGGGGAUGAACCCUUUUGAUGAUAAGCUAGUGUACUUUUGGAGGGGAGAUAGGAGAGGGCAAGAUUUGUUGUCGGUUAGCUUACACAUUGGGGAGUUUAUUGUCCACGGAGAGUUGGAACGUAGCAGCGACGGGCGCGUUCUGAGUUCUGUUGGUGGUCCGAGAGAUAUAGAAUACAUAAUGGAAUCAUCUUAUUCCUCGUUCGUUCUCCCAAGGUGGCUUCAUCCUUUCCCUAACUAG